CCUUUCUAUCCACCCUGCAACUGAAUGGCGAGUGUUCCUACAGUCCCCUGAGGCGGAUGUUGCUCCAGGAUUGAUACUGUACCUGGAAACCAGGCUCAGCAAGAUGCUUAAUUCCAUCAAGUGUGUGUUGGUGGGAGAUGCAGCUGUGGGGAAAACAGCGCUCCUGGUGCGCUUCACAUCGGAGACAUUCCCUGAAAUGUACAAGCCCACGGUGUAUGAGAAUGCAGGGGUAGAUGUCUUCAUGGAUGGCAUCCAGAUCAGUCUGGGCCUUUGGGACACAGCCGGUAACGAUGCCUUCAAAAGCAUACGCCCCCUGUCCUACCAGCAAGCAGAUGUGGUGCUCAUGUGCUAUUCUGUGGCCAACCAUAACUCCUUCUUGAGCCUGAGAAACAAAUGGAUUGCUGAGAUACGGAGCAAUUUGCCCUGUACCCCAGUGUUGGUGGUGGCCACACAGACUGACCAGAGGGAAAUGGGACCCCACAGGGCUUCCUGUAUAAACUCAGUGGAUGGGAAACGGCUGGCCCAGGAGGUGAAGGCCAAGGGCUACCUGGAGUGUUCAGCUCUCAGCAACCGAGGGGUGCAACAGGUAUUCGAGUGUGCUGUCAGGACUGCAGUUAAUCAUGCUAGGAGGAGGAAUAGGAGGAAGCUCUUCUCCAUUAAUGAGUGCAAGAUCUUUUAAAACUUCAGCAUGGAUCACCGUGAUUCGUCCCAACAGAAGACCGUUGACUAGGUUGGGGGUUGUGAGGCCAGUCCUAUGCUUUCCUGUUCCAUGCUGGCAUUUUGUACAGAUUGGUUUUCUUCUCCUGGAUGUGGUCUUUCACUAGAAACUUGGGCCAUUAGGUGUUUUACUAAAGCACAUCCUACACAGGAACCAUUUUUGAUAACUUCGCCUAAAGUGGAUGGUUUUUUGGUUUGUUUUUUACAUCUCCUUUUCUUUCAGUUCUUUUAUUUAAUGAUGCAAGGACUCAGGAUUUUUCCUAGAAACUGUACCACAAUUUUGGAUACCAAACUGAGUUUUUCACAGAACUCCAUAUUUAAAGACUAUUUUAUUUAAAAACAAAAACGAAGUAAAAACAUUUAGCUUUCGCAUGUAGCUCAUUUCCACACUUGGUAAUUCCCCUCCUCCCACUUCGUCACUAACACAAACUGCUAAAAAAAAAAAUACUAAAUAGCUUAUUGGAGUUUGACCAUGUGUUAGAUUUGUUUUUUCUUCAUGUCACAUGAAUUUUAUUGAAACCACUUACCAACUGUGGGUUUUUUUUAAACUAGGUAAUUAAACUCAAAAGAGCAAUGAACUAAUUAUAACAUCUAUUUUCCCAAGUACCUAUCUUGCUUUGAACUUCCAUAACAAAAUAUAGUUUAAUGACUUCGAAAGCUUUCAAAAUUAUUUAUAAUAUUAGGAACCAGUAAUUUGUUGUCACUUCUAUUCCUUAACAAUUUUUUUCAAAAAAUUGUGCACAACACAAUGUCCUUCAUUGCCAAAGUUCCUUGCAUAUAGUAUGUGCUUAAUAAAUGUUUGUUGACUCUAUGAGUUUCCAGUUAUAUGCCAAGUGUGAUCAUCAGAACCACCCCCAAAAGAAAAUAAUAUUUGCUCUUUUUUUUUUUAGAGGAAAGACCUGUGAAGUUUAGGGACCUUACAGGAAACAGAAGCCGCCCCUGAUACUUUAGUUUUAGAUACUACAUUUUUCUCCCCCGAGUGUUUUCAGUUCUUUAUGUGCUGAUGGGCUACCAUAGUAUUGCAAUACCAUUUAGCACGAAUUUAUUUUCAUUGGAGAGCUCUCAGGAUAAUAACAGCAUUUCAAGACACGAGGGAGAACUUUGUAUUUUUUUUUUUUUUUACUACCCUCACCAAAUUGUUUUCCCUCAAGAUUUAGAGGUAUAGGGAAUUUGGGAAGCAUUCAGGUGAAAAUGCCACAAAUCAGGAUGGUGGUACCAAUGAGUAGGUGCAAGAAAGCUGGAAAACAUCUAGGGUAAGCUGUCUGGAGUACAUGAUAAAGUUACCUGGGGAGACAGGGAACAGCUAGGAAAAAAAAAUAAUAACAUCUUAUCUAGUGGUUAUGGUGCUUAAAGAGUUAACUGUUUAAGUUGAGUGUGACUAUUGUCUUGUGUGAGCAACAAACUAUGAAGCCAAGUGACUGUUUACCGAGUUCUCCUCAAAUAAAACUUACAACCAAGUGAAUCUCUUGUGCGUUCAAUGAUGUUCAUAAUCAUUGCUGUGCUUCAUGGUAAUUAGCUACUAGUAAACUGUUCACAUACGUGGCUGUAAUAAGUAUGACUUCUACACUGUCGAUAUUUUUUGUUUUGUUGUUUCUUUGGUGUCUGUGACCAGCAAAUGUCCAGUUUGUGCUGAUGGGACUCAUUAC